UGUGCCCCGUUUUGACAAGUAUUGUUGGCGAUUCGCUUCAUCAAGAAUUGUCAUGAAGAUCUCCGAUUGCGCCUUGUUUCGAGUAAACGAGCGGGAAUAGAUUUUGUUAAAAGAACCGGACUGUCCCUUCUUGCCGUUGUAUCAUUUUAAUUAUCUGUUAUAUCCAAGGCUGAGUGUUAUCAUAAUAAAUGUUGCUGGAUGCAUAUUACAUGUGUUAUCUUAACGGUAAUGGCACAGUGACAACCGAACGUAAGCAGUCUCUGGGAUAUAUUUGGCAUCCAGAAUGUUUACGAUGUGAGGAAUGUGGGAAGCGGUUGAAUCCCGGACAACAUGCAGAGCACAAAGGUGUGCCUUACUGCCAUGUUCCUUGUUACGGAGCACUUUUUGGACCUCAAUUAUUCGGACACGGCACAAGAGUGGAGUCGCACACGAGUUUCGGGAAAAAGGAAAGCCGACCAUCCUUACCAAGAUCGCAUUUGGAAUCGAAGCUGAAAAUUUUUAAUCAGUAUUAUGAGGGCAAAAGCGGCGGGAUCCGAAGUCGCGAGGUCAAUGGAAGAUUGAUACUGGAGGGUGCGUUGAGAAUUUACUGGGGCGUACGUGGCGUGAUCCAUCUGAAGGAGGAUGACGACCAACGCACAGUGGUCACCGCGCGCAAUAGAAACUCGUGCAGGCACAGCGUCACCGAGGAUUUCGAGGACGAGGACAAGGCGGACGAUGAGUUGUCGAAAGGUGGCACGUCGGACAGCGGCGCGGAGAGUAACGCAAAAUCCGUCCCGACGUCCCCCGAUCACCUAAAAAGCCUCACUCUGCCUAUGAAAUUGGACGUGAAAAACAUGGAGUGGGACGAGCUCGACGAACUCCUACAGGUUGAGCGGAAAGUCGAGGACGGCAACAAGUUGUACCAGACGAUGCCGGAGAAUCUACCAUCGAUAAGCUCGCAAUCCAGCGUAGACACGCCACAGUUCUCGUCGCAGUCGAGCCUCGAGCAGUCGGACAACUCACGCGACAACUCGGAGACGAGCAGCCCUAAUCACCAGGCAGCCAGCCGCGAUAACGACAGCAGUGUGAACAGCACGCCGACGCACAGCCUAGGCAGUUCCUCCAGCACGGACACGCCGGUCGGCAAUCCGGGAGCUUCCAAUCGAAACGGUACGCUCCGAAGAGUCGAAUACUUUGACAGCCUGGAGAAGAACUCUGUCGGCAACAGAUCGAUCAGCACCGACGACAGCUGGAUCGAGAAAGGCUUGAAUCGCUCGCUGUCCGGUCCCGACUGCCUUCAGCGACACAGAACGGACAGCGAUACGGAUUCGGUGAAUUCUCUGCAGUUUCGAGAGGACGACAACAUGACCAUGUCCACGGACAGUGGAUUGGAGCUGGACGGCGUCGUGCUGCGUCGCAGACAGGGCUCCACCGCGAUCAGGCGACGUCCAGGCGGCAGACGGCAAUCUCGUAACCGAUUACGGCGUCGCUGCUCGAUCAACGGCCACUUCUACAACCGCGAGACCAGUUUCUUCACGCCGCCGCACGGCUCGCAGAUGUCCGUGUGGGUGACGAGUCUGGUCAACACCCAGGAGGUCAUCAAUCUCAUGCUGGACAAGUACAAGGUUGACGCCCAGUCCGACAACUUCGCGCUGUUCGUCGUGCGCGACAACGGUGAGCAAAGAAGAUUGAAGGACGACGAGUACCCGUUGGAGGUCCGCGUGGUCCUGGGUCCGCACGAGAACGUCGCGCGGCUCUUCCUGGUCGACAAGCUGUCCACGCCCGAGAUCAGCUCCGACGUCGCGCAGUUCCUCAACCUGUCGCUCGCGGAGUGUCACGGCAUACUGCAACGCUAUCAGUACGAGGAGGAGCGUCAGAUUCUCCUCUUGAAGGAGAAGUACAAGGAGAUGCGACGACGAAUAAAGCAGAGAAUGGAGGAGCUGAAGGUCCGGCUGUAGAAUGUGAAACCAGUGUGCGCUUCAAGGUGGGCGAUCAUCCAUGCAAUUAUUAUUAUUAUUAUGCGAUAAGCGCCUCUGUAGAAGUGCGCGCGUAAGAAUUAUUUCUCGAAAUAUUUUCACGUGAGGGGAGACCUCGUGAUGCGUACCGUGUGAACGCGUCGUAGCGUAGUAACGUGACACGGUCUACGAUCUGCGAAGCAUUUCCGAGAUCUGCAACACGAUACGCGGCUGCAUUUCAGCGUGAUCUAUAGCUUAACACUUCCGUUCGUCUCCUUCUUCCGUUUCUUUGAGUCUCCGUUUGCAUUUAUCCGUAAUCGUUAUUUGUAUGAGUACACAUAUUCAACAGUGUAUUCCGUUUGGACGAGAGGAGAUCGAAUCUCUGUUAUUGCAUAUCGAAUUUCCGUUCAUCAAACUAAUACCACGUGGCAUACAUAAUGUAACGCGCGUUAUUUUAGUGCCCGGAACGGCUCUCUGAUGAAUGAUUAAAGUGAAAUGAAAAUGCGAAUGCGAGAACAGCUUCGGUGCGUUCUGUAACACGCACGAGGCGAUUGAGAAAUCGAACGACAUUAGCAUGUAGUAGCUGUCGCCUGUAGAGUCGCAGCGACGAAGAACUUGUACCCGACGUUUCUUCGCGCGAAUGUUAUUCAUAUUCAUGUGAAAUUCGUACUCGCACCUCGAAUAGAGCGAAUAGAAACGUUUUUCAUCAGGAUUUUUCAGCAUCAUUCCAUCUCGUAGAGGUGAUAAAAAAAAGAAAAGGAAACGAUAUGAUAAAACGUAUUUUUCUAUCAGGUUUUUUAGAGGGUAAUCCCUUUUUUAUCGAGCGAGGAGUCCUUCUUGUCGAUGUAGAGGUCGGCGCUAACGACUGUUAAGAAUCUGAAGUCUUCUGCAUCCCUUUUGCAUGAUAACGUGGCCCAGAUACGUACAAGCGGAUAUACCAUACGUAUACGCACGUAUGUGUGCGUACGUGUUCAACCAAUCGCGCAACAAUCGCGCUGUCAGAUACCUGCUCCGAUACCGCAAUCCGAGACUAUUGUUGCGCGAAACAAACAAAUUGCAGGACGCGAAACAAAAUGCCGGCACGCAGGCAAUUAAUCGUCAGAAUAUUGCGCCGCGCCGCGCGCGGAUCCGUGGAAUCGCCGUUUUCAAGCUAGUCAUGUUUUUCACACGCUUAGUCACCGAUAUCGAUUGCGCGCCCAUCGCGUUUUCGACCGGAGGCUUCGAAAGCCUCACACCGCGUGCGUGCACACGCUGAGCCACGUUCGCGUGCAUCACAAUACGAAAUACGAGGCACACUGUAUACACACACACGUGCUCUCGAUCUGCCAGUUUAGAACAAUAAAUGUAACAAACCCGCGCGUAAUGACGAUACGUUAAUAACACUUGGAUAUAUGAAAGUGUACUAAAGAUAUAUACGGUAAUCUUCCCUCAACCCCCUCCCCCCCCGUUUCCCUUAGUUCGUAGACAGCUUCUUUCGCUAACAGCAGGACGGCGAAAUGUAAUCCUCUCGUAAUCGUCUAUCGAUUAACAAAGCGAAUCGCGUCUCAGGCGUGACGCGUUAGGGUAAGAUUAAAACGCGUCGUUUGAUUCUUUUUUUUCUACUACUAUAGUAGAUGGACAGACGUAGUCCCGGGCGUUCGCAAUUUUUGCGUACGUCGUUUCUAGGCAGACGAGAAAUUAAUCCACGAUAAUAGAAUUCAUGACACACUCUUCUGGGUCGUCUGGGAAAGUAGCAAAAGUCCGAAACUCUGAAAGUAGAUGUCCGAGCAUACUAAACAUUGUACAAAACCGAAAGAAAAGAGAAAAAAAGGCCGAUUGGACCGAAGAAGAGAGAAGAGAAUCAUGUAACACCGUUGACGGAUUAAUAAAGCGAUAUGUGGUUGCUUA